AAAAGUGGAGACUCAGGACUGAUCCAAUGCACUAAUUUACAUGACAGAAGUGGAAAAUGGGUGAAGGUGGUACCAGGGACUAAGGCCAGUUCAGAACAAAGUCAUGGACUUCAGUACCUUUAAUUAAAACACAAAACAUUAAAAAAAAAAUCUAAGCAGAGAGCUAUCAGAGAACAAGAUUUGAUAUUCUGUCUCUGUUAAGAAACAUAUAAACAGAGGUGAAUGGGGUCCUUUAACCUUAAUUCCAAGUAUGAAAACAUCAGCCAGAAAGGAAGGCCGCACAAAGAAUAUUCAGAACAAUUCCAGACAAGUCACACCAUCCACAGGUCUCAUGUGAGAAGUUUUAUUGGCAGAGACAGUCUCUGUGAAGGGGUUGGAGUGAGAAGAGGAGGAGGAGAAGAGGAAGAAGAAGAGAAAGAAGAAGAAGAGGAAGAGGAAGAGGAAGAAGAGGGAGAGGGAAGAAGAAAUGACUAUGGGCUUUGGGGACAAGUAUUUUAUCUGGGUCAUGACACAUGUGACACAUGUGACAAGGGUCUGUGUGAAGGUGCCAUGGCAAUGGAUGUCACCUAAAGAUGAUAUGUCUUGUCUCUGGGUCCAAUAGCCGUCUGUAAAAGUUCUUCUAGCUUGGCAGAAUUAAUAUAGUAAAAAUGGCCAUCUUGCCAAAAGCAAUACACAGAUUCAAUGCAAUAUCAAAAUCCCAACUCAGUUCUUUAUAGAGUUAGAAAGAGCAAUUCUCAAAUUCAUCUGGAAUAACAAAAAACUCAGGAUAGCUAAAACUAUUCUCAACAGUAAAAGAACGUCUGGGGGAAUCAGUAUCCCAGACCUUAAGUAGUACUACAGAGCAAUAGUCUUAAAAACUGCAUGGUAUUGGUACAGUGACAGGCAGGUAGAUCAAUGGAAGAGAAUUGAAGACCCAGAAAUGAACCCACACACCUAUGGUCACUUGAUCUUAGACAAAGGAGCUAAAACCAUCCAGUGGGGGUAAAAAAAAAAAUAGACUUUUCAGCAAAUGGUGCUGUUCAACUGGAGGUCAUCAUGCAGAAGAAUGCAAAUUGAUCCAUUCUUAUCUCCUUGUACUAAGCUCAACUCCAAGUGGAUCAAGGACCUCCACAUAAAACCAGACACACUGAAACUAAUAGAAAAGAAACUGGGGAAGACCCUUGAGGACAUUGGCACAGGGGAAAAGUUCCUGAACAGAACAGCAAUAGCUUAUGCUCUAAGAUCAAGAAUUGACAAAUGGGACCUUAUAAAAUUACAAAGUUUCUGUAAGGCAAAGAACACUGUCAAUAGGAUAAAACAGCAACCAACAAACUGGGAAAGAGCUUCAUCAACCCUACAUCUGACAGAGGGCUAAUAUCCAAUAUAUACAAAGAACUCAAGAAGUUAGACUUCAGAGUGCCAAACAACCCUAUUUAAAAAUGGGGUACAGAGCUAAACAAAGAAAUUUCACCUGAAGAAUUUUGAAUAGCUGAGUAGCACCUUAAGAAAUGUUCAACAUCAUUAGUCAUUAGGAAAAUACAAAUCAAAACAACCCUGAGAUUUCACCUCACACCAGUCAGAAUGGCUAAGAUUAAAAACUCAGGAGACACCAGGUGUUGGUGAGGAUGUGGAGGAAGAGGAACACUGCUCCACUGCUGGUGGGAUUGCAAGCUGGUACAACCACUCUGGAAAUCAUUCUGGUGAUACCUCAGAAAACUGGGCAUGACACUUCUGGAGGACCCUGUUAUACCACUCCUGGACAUAUACCCAGAGGAUUCCUUGGCAUGCAAUAAAGAUACAUGCUCCACUGUGUUCAUAGCAGCCUUAUUUAUAGUAGCCAGAAGCUGGAAAGAACCCAGAUGUCCCUCAAUGGAGGAAUGGAUACAGAAAAUAUGGUGUAUUUGCACAAUGCAAUACCACUCAGCAAUUAAAAACAAUGAAUUCAUGAAAUUCUUAGGCAAAUAGUUGGAAAUGGAAAAUAUCAUCCUAAGUGAGGUUAUCCAAUCACAAAAUAACACACAUGGAAUACAGUCACUGAUAAGUGGAUAUUUGCCCAGAAGCUCUGAAUACCCAAGAUACAAUUCACAUAUCAAAUUAUUCCCAAGAAGAAGGAAGGAGAAGGCCCUGGCCCUGGAAAGGCUUGAUGAAGCAAUGUA